GAGGCGUGACCAGUGUUCGGCGAGGUGUAGUGCUGCCUACAGUAUCUCUCUGUGGCCUUCCUUCCAGCUGCUAUUGAAGAGAGAAGACCCAGGUUCAAGCUAACAGCUGGAGUCUCUUUGACGAACACCUCAGUUCUGUCCCGGGGAUUAAAGGGGAAACCGAGGCCUGAAUGGGCGCGGUCAUUUCCUGCAGUUCGCGUGACGACCGCAGCCGUGGCAGGUGCGGGCCCCGAGACCGAAGGAAUCAAGAUGCGGAACCUGGUCCCCCGAGGUAAAAAGAUUGCCAUAUCAACUCACUGAAGCAAUAGUGUCACUGUCUUGUCUUUUAAACUGCAUCAACAAUGAAGCAAUAAUAUCUGAGAACAAAUGAACAUUUGCCAACUAACUGUCAUCACAAUUUCAAGUGAUUGUAUAAGCAGAAACAAGCUGCAACAGACCCAUGUGUCAACUCUUACAGAGAGAAUGCUUUUUUCAGAUGCUGUUUAUUUAGAAACAGUUCUAGUAUAUCACAUUUAAGUUAUAUUUAUAUCAAAUGAAAUAAAAAUGAGUGAAGCCCCCAGAUUCUUUGUUGGACCUGAGGAUACAGAAAUAAACCCUGGAAAUUAUCGACACUUCUUCCACCAUGCAGAUGAAGAUGAUGAGGAGGAGGAUGAAUCUCCACCGGAAAGGCAGAUUGUGGUUGGAAUAUGUUCCAUGGCAAAGAAAUCCAAAUCCAAACCAAUGAAGGAAAUUCUUGAACGGAUCUCCUUAUUUAAAUAUAUCACAGUAGUAGUAUUUGAAGAAGAUGUUAUUUUGAAUGAACCCGUGGAAAACUGGCCUUUGUGUGAUUGUCUUAUUUCUUUUCAUUCUAAAGGAUUUCCACUGGACAAAGCAGUUGCCUAUGCAAAACUCAGGAAUCCAUUUGUAAUCAAUGACUUGAAUAUGCAGUAUCUCAUACAAGAUAGGAGAGAAGUAUAUAGUAUUCUUCAAGCUGAAGGUAUUUUACUUCCUCGUUACGCAAUUUUGAAUCGUGACCCAAAUAAUCCCAAAGAAUGUAAUCUGAUUGAAGGGGAAGAUCAUGUGGAAGUAAAUGGGGAAGUUUUCCAAAAGCCAUUUGUAGAAAAGCCAGUCAGUGCAGAAGACCACAAUGUUUACAUUUAUUAUCCAACAUCUGCUGGUGGUGGAAGUCAAAGACUUUUUCGAAAGAUUGGCAGUAGAAGUAGUGUUUAUUCCCCAGAAAGCAAUGUACGAAAAACAGGCUCAUAUAUAUAUGAAGAGUUUAUGCCCACAGAUGGUACUGAUGUUAAGGUUUAUACAGUAGGUCCAGAUUAUGCCCAUGCUGAAGCUCGAAAAUCUCCUGCACUUGAUGGCAAGGUGGAGCGAGAUAGUGAAGGAAAAGAAGUAAGAUACCCUGUUAUUCUCAAUGCACGAGAGAAAUUAAUUGCUUGGAAAGUCUGCCUUGCAUUUAAGCAAACAGUUUGUGGCUUUGAUCUGUUACGGGCCAAUGGACAGUCCUAUGUCUGUGAUGUCAAUGGCUUCAGUUUUGUGAAAAAUUCCAUGAAGUAUUAUGAUGAUUGUGCAAAGAUACUUGGGAAUAUUGUAAUGCGAGAGCUUGCUCCACAGUUUCAUAUCCCCUGGUCGAUACCCUUAGAAGCUGAAGAUAUCCCGAUUGUACCAACUACAUCUGGAACUAUGAUGGAACUUAGAUGUGUCAUAGCUGUCAUACGUCAUGGAGACCGAACACCAAAACAAAAAAUGAAAAUGGAAGUGAGGCAUCAAAAAUUCUUUGAUCUUUUUGAAAAGUGUGAUGGAUAUAAAUCUGGGAAAUUAAAGCUCAAAAAACCAAAACAAUUACAGGAAGUGCUGGAUAUUGCACGACAACUUCUUAUAGAGUUGGGACAAAAUAAUGAUUCUGAAAUUGAAGAAAACAAGUCUAAACUUGAACAACUUAAGACCGUGUUAGAGAUGUAUGGCCAUUUUUCUGGAAUAAAUCGUAAGGUCCAAUUAACCUAUCUCCCUCAUGGUUGUCCUAAGACAUCUAGUGAAGAAGAAGACAGCCGAAGAGAAGAGCCAUCCUUACUUCUGGUUCUAAAAUGGGGAGGAGAACUAACCCCUGCAGGCAGGGUCCAGGCUGAAGAACUUGGAAGAGCUUUCAGGUGUAUGUAUCCUGGAGGUCAAGGAGAUUAUGCAGGAUUUCCUGGUUGUGGUUUACUUAGAUUACAUAGUACCUACCGACAUGACCUUAAAAUAUACGCCUCUGAUGAAGGACGAGUCCAGAUGACUGCAGCUGCUUUUGCAAAGGGGCUAUUAGCUCUAGAAGGAGAACUUACACCCAUUCUUGUUCAGAUGGUGAAAAGUGCAAACAUGAAUGGCCUUUUGGAUAGUGAUAGUGACUCUUUGAGCAGUUGUCAGCAACGUGUGAAAGCAAGACUUCAUGAAAUACUUCAGAAAGACAGAGAUUUUACUGCUGAAGAUUAUGAAAAGCUUACUCCAUCUGGAAGCAUUUCUCUUAUCAAAUCAAUGCAUUUAAUUAAAAAUCCUGUGAAGACCUGUGACAAAGUGUAUUUCUUGAUACAAAGUUUGACUUCUCAAAUCAGACAUCGAAUGGAAGAUCCCAAAUCAUCAGAUAUUCAGCUUUAUCAUAGUGAGACCUUAGAGCUCAUGCUACGUAGAUGGUCCAAGUUGGAGAAAGACUUUAAAACAAAGAAUGGAAGAUAUGAUAUUAGUAAAAUCCCUGACAUAUAUGACUGUAUAAAAUAUGAUGUCCAGCAUAAUGGUUCCUUGAAAUUAGAAAACACAAUGGAAUUAUAUAGGCUUUCAAAGGCAUUAGCAGAUAUUGUUAUCCCUCAGGAAUAUGGUAUAACUAAAGCUGAAAAACUGGAGAUUGCCAAAGGCUACUGUACUCCUCUAGUUAGAAAAAUUCGCUCAGAUCUUCAAAGGACACAAGAUGAUGACACUGUAAAUAAACUCCAUCCUGUGUAUUCCAGAGGUGUUCUGUCACCUGAACGUCAUGUCCGUACCAGAUUAUAUUUCACCAGUGAAAGUCAUGUACAUUCUUUACUGUCUAUUCUUCGCUAUGGUGCCUUAUGUGAUGAAUCAAAGGAUGAACAGUGGAAACGAGCUAUGGAUUAUUUAAAUGUUGUCAGUGAACUCAACUACAUGACUCAGAUUGUUAUCAUGCUUUACGAGGAUCCUAACAAGGAUCUUUCCUCUGAGGAACGCUUUCAUGUUGAAUUACAUUUUAGUCCAGGAGCCAAAGGAUGUGAAGAAGACAAAAAUUUACCAUCUGGCUAUGGAUAUAGACCAGCUUCAAGGGAGAAUGAAGGCAGGAGAUCUUUUAAAAUUGAUAGUGAUGAUGAGCCACAUACUUCUAAAAAAGAUGAGGUUGAUCGAGCUGUGAUAUUGUUUAAACCUAUGGUAUCAGAGCCAAUUCAUAUACACAGGAAGUCUCCACUUCCAAGAUCUAGGAAGAUGGCUGCAAAUGAAGAAGAGAGCCCCCUGAGUGUGUCUAGCCCAGAGGGUACUGGUACCUGGCUGCAUUACACCAGUGGUGUGGGUACUGGGCGUCGAAGACGCAGAUCAGGGGAACAAAUCACUUCUUCCCCUGUCUCCCCCAAAUCAUUGGCUUUCACAUCCAGUAUUUUUGGCUCAUGGCAACAGGUUGUAUCUGAAAAUGCUAAUUACUUGCGAACACCAAGAACUCUUGUAGAACAGAAGCAGAACCCUACUGUAGGGUCUCACUGUGCGGGCCUGUUUAGCACCUCGGUGCUCGGGGGUUCUUCAAGCGCACCUAACCUACAGGAUUAUGCUCGUACUCAUCGUAAAAAGCUGACCUCUUCUGGCUGCAUAGAUGACGCCACACGCGGUUCUGCUGUUAAAAGGUUUUCUAUCUCAUUUGCUCGACACCCAACCAAUGGCUUUGAAUUGUAUUCGAUGGUGCCAUCUAUUUGUCCUCUAGAAACUCUUCACAAUGCCCUGUCUUUAAAGCAGGUGGAUGAAUUUCUUGCUUCCAUUGCUUCUCCAUCAAGUGAAGUUCCACAGAAGACCCCUGAAAUUUCCUCUUCGGCUUCACGUUCCAGUCCAAUAAUAAGAAGAAAAGUAUCUUUAAAUACAUAUACACCUGCAAAGAUCCUCCCAAUGCCAGCAGCUACCAUAAAGAGUACUAAAGCAAGCAGCAAACCAGCUCCCAGUGGACCUUCUAGUACGGUUGUUCCUAAUACCUCAUCUCGGAAAAAGGGUGUGAGUAGCAAAACAGAAAUGCAUGAACACAAAAAAAACACUGCGAAAAAAAAAUGAAAUCUUCUUAGCAGAAGCUGGAACUCAUUAUACUUAUAAAAAAUCACGUGUUCAGUAGAAAGAGACACAUAAUAAACCUUGACUGAAAAGUAUCAAAGCAAGUAAUUUGUGUCUCCUUAUACAUCUCUGUAUUAAUUUAAAGAUAUAUGACAUCUAGAGAAUUCUUUGUAUAUAUUCAGGUAAGGCCUUUGUCAUGAUCUGGAAAUGUUUAAAACAAUGUUUAUUAGCAUUUUAUGAGUAGUAAAACUUAUAGUGAUAAAGGUCUGUUGUUCUGAAUGUGAUGUUUACCGUGUGCCUGUGGUAAAGAAGAGGAACGGAAAAGCCCAGACGGCCUGUGCCAAUGUCACACAGUAAUGCUGUUUGCUGAAGAACCUGUGAGGUGGCCUCUGUACACAUUUUCACUUUCACAGGAUCACAUCUGGGCUGCAAAAACCUAUAGCUUGAAAUUUGAUGGCCAUACUGGGAACUUUUAAAAAGCAUAUUUCCAAAGAGAUUUCAUUGACCAUUUAGAUUAGAAACCUUUUUUUCCCCAAUUGUUUGUUAUGAUUACAUAUAUGCUGCAAUAUUUAAUAACUGGAGUAUUGGCAUAUGGGUUAUUUUU